AUGGCAGAAAAAUUGGUGGAUAAGCAGUGUAUUACACGCCAUGAACAACACAGCAAUGCAGGUGUUGUUAUUGUCGGGGGCGGCAUCUCAGGAAUUUGUGUUGCCAUUGACCUUAUCAGGAACCAUAAUUAUCACGAUUUUGUCAUAAUAGAAAAAUCAGAUGGAUUUGGCGGAACUUGGCACGACAAUCAAUACCCGGGUUGUUGCUGUGAUAUUCAGAGCUAUCUCUACAGUUUUUCAUUUGAACCGAAUGAUUGGACCCGAGAGUAUCCCGGGCAGCCGGAAAUCCUCAACUAUCUGCGAUCAGUCGCGGCCAAGUGGAAUCUUUAUCGCUACGCUCGAUUCAACACGACUCUGGAAAGUGCUGCUUGGGAUGAGGCAUCCAAAAAAUGGCAGCUGGACUUGAAAACGCUCGAUAACAGGGAUGGUGGGGUUUCGCCAACACACAGCACAAUCUCGGCUGACUUCUUUGUCUCCGGGGUUGGACAGCUGAACCAGCCCAAUAUUCCUCAGAUCCCUGGCUUGGAUUCGUUCAGUGGAAAGGUGAUGCAUUCCGCCCGCUGGGACUGGGGCUACAGUCUCGAAGGAAAGAGGAUUGCAGUCAUCGGUAACGGUGCGACCGCCAUUCAAAUCAUUCCCGAAAUAGCGAAAGUCGCCAAAUCAGUCACUGUGUUUCAACGGACACCAAACUGGGUCGUGCCCCGUGGGGAUACAAUUAUCCCUCAGUGGCGCCGCUCUCUGUUCAAACUUCUCCCAUCUGCUCAGAAACGCCAUCGACAGUUGGUGAUGGAUUUUCGAGAGUCUAUGCACGAUUCCAUCAGCAAGCCCAAUGCCCCGUCCUCCAAGAUGCUUGAACAGGCACAUACUGCGAGUUUAAACGCCGCGCUUCCCAAUAGGCCUGAUCUCUGGAAUAAGUUGACUCCAGACUAUCCUACCGGCUGCAAGCGGGUUUUGAUCUCAGAUGAUUUCUUCCCAGCGAUGGGCUUGCCAAAUGUCAUCUUGGAGACCGACAAUAUCGAGAACAUCACGGACCGUGGUGCCAAAGUUGAAAACAAAGAAGAAGAGGAAUAUGAUCUCAUAGUCCUCGCAACUGGGUUCCGCACAGUUGAAUUUUUGCACCCAGUCAAUGUCGUCGGGCGGAACGGAUGCACCAUUGGUGACAUCUGGCAGGGCAAGGCCAACGCUCUUUACGGCAUGUUUGUGGAGGAUAUGCCCAACUUUGGCAUGCUAUACGGACCCAAUACAAAUCUCGGGCACAACAGUAUCAUCCUGAUGAUCGAAUCACAGUCGCGAUAUAUUACCACUCUUAUCAGGGAAGUGAUAGAUUCACGGGGAAAUGGUGAUAUUGUCUCCUUCACACCCAAGAAAGAAAAUGUUCGAGCAUUCAAUGAUAAGAUUCAAACAAUUUUGAAGACUAGUACUUUUGCACACCCCCAGUGCAAUAGCUGGUACAAAACGUCUGACGGUGUCGUCACGAACAACUGGCCUGGAAAUGUGGUUGAAUAUCAGAAGAUGCUCAGUGUUUUGAAUUGGCGCGAUUUUGAAGUGGAAGGACGUGGUGCUGCAACAAUACAGGCCAAAGCCCCAACCAAACUUGGCCGCGUGAUAGAAGAAACACAGCCCAGUAUCACAACUCCGAGAAUCAUGGUUGGAAUGGUACUCGUAUCACUGACACUCGCGGCUCUACGACCUAACCUCCUUCGGAGCUUGAUCUCAUCUUGA